AAAAAAGCACUGCUAGCAUAAUCUGCAGACAAUUGCCAGACAUGUCUAAGUUUCAGAGCAAAAUGCUAAAGAUGUGAAAAUUUUUUUAGUUUUCUUUAUACUUGUUCUUUCGAAUUUUGUCCAAACACUUGCAGGAAGUGAUUGUUAAACAACACUACGCUGAAUCACCUUAAUAUGAGACCCAGUCCACACUCCACAUUUCCCCAUUACUCAAUAUCCAAGAUGGCGUCAGCCUCUCAGGAAAAUAUAAACUUACAGGUUGAAUAUAAACUUACAGGCAACAGGAAAAUAGUGAUAAUAAUAGUGCAAACAGGCCACCACCUGCAAAAAUUGCUCGAGAGCGGUGGUCAGAUUCAAACAAGAAUAAAUACAAGAGCCGGGGAGCUUCUGACGUGAAGAAAAUUUGUUUACGAGAUCGAGUAAAUCAAUUUCCAAAUCAACAUCUGUGUGUUAGAAGUAACGCUAUAUUUUGCAAUGCUUGCAAAGAAGUGAUUUCGUCAAAGAAAAGCAUUGUAGUUUCUCAUUGUUCUUCCAAAAAACACGAAAGUGGAAAAGCGCAGUUACAAAAGUCGAAAUUGAGAGACCAAACUAUUGCCGAGGCCCUUAGUCGUGAGAAAAGCCAGAAAGAGAGUACGCUGCCCUUAGCUGAGCGAGCAUACCGACAGCAAGUAGUGGAAGAGUUUUUAAAAGCCGGAAUCCCGAUCCACAAAGUUGACAAACUACGACCUCUCUUAGAGAAGAAUGGAUAUCGUCUCACUGGUAGUUCCAAUCUCGGGCAGUAUAUAUCCCUCACUUUCAAACAAGAAACUGAAAGAAUAAAGCAAGAAAUAUCUGCGCCCGGCAGCACAGAGAUGACAAGAGAAGUGUCAGUAAUAUUUGACGGGAGCACCAGACAAGGCGAGGCAAUUGCAAUCAUCGUUCGCUUCAUCAAUGACGACUGGCUGAACACUCAGCGUCUUAUGCGGAUUGACAUUUGCUCAAAGUCAGUGAACUCGGAACAGCUAGCAAGGGUUCUGAACGAAUGUCUGUCAGUCGAAUAUGGCAUCAAGGCAAACUCAUUACUUGCAGCAAUGAGAGAUGGAGCAAGUGUCAACCAAGCCGCAUUGAAUCGAAUAGCCUUUAUAUUUCCAAACCUACUCAACGUCGUUUGCUUUUCCCACACGCUCGAUAAUGUUGGUAAUCACCUGCUUAUUCCUACUCUUUUGCAGUUUGGAAACCUCUGGAUACGCCUGUUUAGCCAUAGCCACCAGGCAAAAUUAGCAUGGCAGGAUCUGACGGGUCGAAAGCCAAAAUCCCACAGCGAAACGCGUUGGUGGUCAAAAUGGGAAAUUUAUCAGCAGCUUUUGGAGCAAUUCGGAGAUGUUGGCAGAUUUCUUGAAAUGGCAAAAGAUGCGAAAUUCUGUGCACAGAUUGUGCCACAGCUUCAAGCAAUCAUGUCUGAUCCCCGACGCCUAAUUGACCUCAAGCUGGAGCUUGCUGUGACCAUUGACGUUGGGCAACAUUUUGUGAAGGCUACAUAUUACUUGGAAGGUGAUGGUCCUCUUGUGUUUUCCUGUUACGAGAAGCUGAAAGCUGUUGCCGAGGCUUGCCAGAAUCCACAUUUUCCAAACGUACGUGCAGUCGCUGUCUCCAUUGCAAAUCAAGAUCCAACCCAAAAUGUUGAAACGCUGGAGCAAAGGGCCAAAGAAUGUGUACAACCAGCCAUACGAUGGUUCCUGCGAAAGUUUAAUGUGGAACUUUAUAACACAGUAUCAGCCUUCAAAGCUGCAAGAAUAAUGUGCCCUGUGGCCGUCCAGUGGUUAGCACCCACAGCCGAAACAAUUAAGACCUUGAAGAUCUUUCCAUUUCUUAACAAUGAUGCUACAAUUGACGCCCUGGUUAAAGAGCUACCGCAGUAUGUCGCUGCCGCACAAGACGUGAUAAUUUCAUCCGAAGAGAAGAAGGUCGAAUGGUGGAAACAUCACGCAGAACAACUUCCCAAUUGGUCUUCUGCUGUUAAGAAAGUCCUACUGGUUCAACCGUCAUCCGCUGCUGCUGAGAGAGCUUUCUCAAUACUUAACGCCUCAUUCAACGAUCAGCAGCAUCAUGCACUAUCAGAUUAUUUGCAA